AUGUCGAACGAAGAAUUGAGUGAAAAGGCGGCUAAAAUGGCCGAGAAUGUAACUAUAAAAGUGGAGCCUGUUUACUUCGAUUCGGAAAAUUGUGAUGAUCCUAAGUCGGAAUUAAAUGAUGGUUCAAAAGAGCAAGAGGAAACAUCGCAAUCAGUUCCAAAUAGUCAACAGGUACCAUUACCUCCAGCUAAUAUAGAUUUUGUUGUGGUUAAAAAUGAAUUUGAGCCAUCAAUUAAACAGGAGUGCCAAGAAAAUGAUUUUAUUCUACCAGACGUGGAAACUCCCAAUGAACCAUUUAUUUCUGAAGAUGGAGUGACAGAGGCCGACCUUAAUCGAAACAUGGUCAUCGACGGUAGGAACGUUUGCGACGUAUGCCUUCGAGGUUUCGCUCGGAAGUCUCAUUUACGCGUCCACAAGGUCCUGCACAGCCGUGAGAUACUGGAGUGCCACAUUUGCCUCUUGCGGCUAGAGAAGUUAGAACAGUACAACGAACAUUUGCAAUCGCACGACUUGAAGUACGCUUGCUUCGUCUGCGGAAAGAGGUUCAAAAGCUCCUCCAACCUCGACACGCACAAGAAGAUCCACACCGACAUAAAGUUCUUCAAGUGCGACCGGUGCUGCAAGGAGUUCACCCAGAAAGCCAACCUGUCGCGACACCAGAAGCUGGGCGGCUGCAAGAACAGAGACGACCUGACCUGCGUCCACUGCAAUAAGGUGUUCGAGAGAGAAUUCUUCUUAAAGAGUCAUUUGAAGAAGCACACGACCGAACGGCCCUUCCAAUGCGACCUGUGCUGCAUGUUCUUCAAGCACAAGUCUACUCUGGCGCGACACAUCCAGAUCCACAAUGGCGUGCGUCCGCACGUUUGCAAGUUCUGCGACAAGACCUUUACGCACAAGGGUCUGCUGGAGCCCCAUUUGCGGAAGCACACCGGGGAGAAACCGUUCCCCUGUCCCGGCUGCACGAAGACGUUCUCGCACAAGCACAAUAUGCUGCGCCACUUCGAGAGGCACGCGAAGGAGAAGAACCUGGAAUGUCAGCUGUGCCACAAAGUGUUCCCUCGGGAGAGUCGCCUCAUCUACCACAUGCGCUCGCACACCAACAGCAAACCGUUCAAGUGUGACGUUUGCUCCAAGAAGUUCACUCAUAAGUCGAACGUCAUGAGGCACUACUCGCGGAAACACCCCAACGACAAAUACGAGUCCAAGUUCACAGAUGCCACCGUAGCGAAGCAAGUUUGGGAGAAAGUGAAGCAGAAGUUGAUGAAGGAAGAACAGGCGACAUAA